UCUGCUCAGGUGCGAUUAGUCUGUCCUGGGGCGUGUGUUAUGGAAGUCUGUGGUCCUUUUUGGGAGUCUCAGAUGUUUUCAGACAGGGACAGCUCUGGAGAGUGAUGAGGGAUUCAUAAGUGCACAGGAGGAAAUGUGAGAUGGCCGCAGAUGACAAAUCGUCGUCUUCAUCGUCGACAGACUGGAGCAUAGACCCGCCCGUGCUCUCUCCCACCAGCCCCUCACACCUGACACACUUUAAACCUCUGACGCCGGAGCAGGACGAGCCUCCCCUCAGAUCCGCGUACAGCUCCUUUGUCAACUUGUUUCGAUUCAGUAACAAAGAGGAGGGGCGCCCUCCCUCCUCUGUUGCAGGAAAAGCCGAUGUGCCGUCCCCUUCCCCUCAUUCUGAGAGGAGGAGCUGGUCCGUCAGUCCUUCCCUGUCAGGCCAUGGAUCCAGGUCCAACCGGAAACAGCGAUCUGACCAUCUCCGACGCACCUCUACUGCCUCAGACGGCAGUAGGAAGUCUGACUCCUCUCUCAGCUCUCAUGACCCUCGCACAGCGGUGCAGCUCCGCACAGCCCUGAAGAGGCUUAAAGAGAUAAUGGAGGGGAAGAGUCAGGACAGUGAUCUGAAGCAGUACUGGAUGCCCGACAGCCAGUGUAAGGAGUGUUACGACUGUAAUGAGAAGUUUACCACGUUCCGGCGCCGUCACCACUGUCGUCUGUGUGGACAGAUCUUCUGCAGCCGCUGCUGCAACCAGGAAAUCCCUGGAAAGUUCAUGGGAUACACAGGUGACCUCCGCGCCUGCACAUACUGUCGUAAACUGGCCCUGAAUUACGCUCACUCGGCCGAGUCUGGCUCCAUCGGAGAUGACCUCAGCGCUCUGUCGGACUCAUGCUCCGUCAGCGUGCUGGAGCCAAGUGAACCCCGCACUCCCGCGGGGGGGCGCAAGGCCAGCAGGAACAUCUUCCUGGAGGAAGACUCCACGUGGCAGAGAAAAACUCCUGUUGGGAUGAGAAAGACUAUGCAUCACCAGGAACCUCAGAACACCGGCCUAAACUCCAGACUCUCCACGCUGCAAGAAGAGAGAAAAUCCCCCGCGAGGAAGAGGUCUGCAAGUGUGACCAACCUGUCCCUGGACCGCUCUGGAGGGACUAUGGCGACUUACGAGAGCUCCGUCAGCCCGCCCCCCAACCGCACCAUCUCCGCCUCCAAAAGUGGAUCCAAAAUGGACCACCGGGAGGAGGAAGAGCGAAAGAUCCUGCUGGACUCCUCUCAGCUAAAGGAACUGUGGAAGAAAAUCUGCCACACGAGCACUGGCAUGGAGUUUCAGGACCAUAGAUAUUGGCUGAGGACCUACCCCAACUGCAUUGUGGGAAAGGAGCUUGUGAACUGGCUGCUUAGAAAUGGCACCAUCUCCACCAGAGCUCAGGCGAUAGCGAUCGGUCAAGCGUUGGUGGACGGUCGGUGGUUGGACUGUGUCACGCAUCAUGACCAGCUGUUUCGGGACGAGUAUGCUCUCUAUCGCCCUCUUCAGAGUACAGAGUUCUCGGAAACACCUUCUCCAGACAGUGACAGUGUGAACUCCAUAGAGGGACAGUCUGAGCCGUCCUGGUUCAAAGACAUUAAGUUUGAUGAUAGUGACACGGAGCCGCUGGCAGAGGACUACACCAUGCCCAAUUCAGCCAGUCCCAGUAAGAGGACUUCAGUCAGCAGUUUCCAUUCAGUGGUGGACAGUGACUCUGCUGCCUCCAUAAACCUCAACAUGGAACAAAACAACGUGAACUUUCACAUCAAGAAACAAGCCAAAUAUCCACACGUCCCAGUCUCCAGUGAGCAGAAAGCUGAAUUUCUUGUUUCUGAGGACGGAGGACAGAACAUCGUCAUAAGUGAUGCCUUCAUUCAAGAAUCUCUGUUCAAUCGACGUGUGGAGGAAAAAGCUAAAGAAAUGCUGUUUACUCCUCUGGGCUGGCACCACAGUUCACUGGAUCAACUCAGAGAAGAGAAUGGAGAGAAAAAAGCCAUGGAGACACUUCUUUCAGCCAACCAUAGCCACAUGAUGGCGCUGUUGCAGCAGCUGCUGUACAGUGAGUCCCUGUCCCUGUCAUGGCGUGACAUCAUUGUCCCCGUGGUGCGGCAGGUCGUUCAGACUGUCCGCCCUGACGUCCGCAACUGUGACGACGACAUGGACAUCCGCCAGUUUGUUCACAUCAAAAAGAUUCCUGGAGGACGAAAAUUUGACUCUACGAUGGUGAAUGGUUUUGUGUGCACCAAGAACAUCGCUCAUAAAAAGAUGAACCCGUACAUCAAGAAUCCCAAAAUCCUGCUCCUAAAAUGCUCCAUAGAGUAUCUGUACAGGGAGGAGACCAAGUUCACCUGCAUUGAACCCAUAGUGCUACAGGAGAAAGAAUUCCUGAAGAACUAUGUGCAGCGGAUCGCCGACGUGCGUCCAAACCUGGUGCUGGUGGAGAAGACGGUGUCGCGGAUAGCUCAGGACAUGCUGCUGGAACAUGGGAUCACUGUGGUUAUAAACGUCAAAGCACAAGUCUUGGAGCGGGUGAGCCGGAUGACCCAGGGCGAUCUGGUGCUGUCCAUGGACCAGCUCCUCACCAAACCUCGACUUGGAACCUGCCACAAGUUUUACAUGCAGCCGUUUACUCUGCCCAACGAUGAGGUAAAGACCCUGAUGUUUUUCGAGGGUUGCGCCGCUCACCUGGGAUGCUCCAUCAAACUCCGGGGGGCGCCAGAGUACGAGCUGUCCCGGGUGAAGGAGAUCAUCAUGUUCAUGGUGUGCGUGGCGUACCACUCGCAGCUCGAGAUCUCAUUCCUCAUGGAUGAGUUUGCCAUGCCUCCGAACGUCGCUCCGAGCACGUCCUUCCCCUGUCUGCUCGAGGGAUCCAUUGUGGAGGAGGAGGGGAAAGAAGGGACGCAGCAAGAAAAUGGAAAAACUGGUGGAUGUCAGGAAUCUGCUGAUGGACAGAUAGAGGAGGCGGUGGCGGUAGGAGAGGUGGAGCACGGCGUAGACAAGUUGAAUACAAACUCACCCUGUUUAACCGUUGUGUCCGUAUCAGAAAACACCGACACCAGGACUUCCUCUCCAUUUUCCAGUCCGCCUGCUCCUCCUUUACUUGUGUCUCCUCCUUUUCUCCUGGAAGAAGACCACGACAUGGGUUCGGACACUUUGAUCAGAGGCUCUGAAGGUGAGAUGGUGGAGGAGGAAAGGGGAGCGCUGGACGACGGCGACGCUUCAGAGACUUCAACUCCCAAACUGUUCCGAGACCCGCUGCAGGACGAUACGGGGCUGUUUGUGACGGAGCAAGUGACCUCGUCCGAUGACCGUCUGAAAACCAUCACCGCGACGUUCAAACAGGAGCUGAAGGACAUCAUUCUCUGCAUCUCACCCUUCAUCUCCUUCAAAGAGCCGUUUCUCCUGACCCCUCCUGGUAUGCACUGCCCGAGCCGGGACUACUUUCCUGAGCAGGUUUACCUCUCCCCGCUCCUCAACAAGGACCUAAAGGAGCUGGACAGUCGUAGAAAGAGACAACUCCUCAAAGAGGCGUCUCCAUCGUCCGGAGUCCAUAGCAACGGCUCCGCUUCAGUCAAACCCAUGGACAUCCUGCCCAGCCACAGUCUGACGGGCGCUCGCAUCACAGAGCAGCUGAGCACCAGUCAGGACCUGGCCAAGAUGCUGGCGGACUACAGGGCGAAGGGCGGGCGCAUCCGACAGAGGGACAACGCAGACCAAUUCGCCGCUCCUUCUGUUAACGGGCACAGCAAACCUGACGCCAAAUGUCCGGUUAAAGCAGACAGUGAAGAGGAGAAGCCACCCAAACCCAGCGACAUAAGCUGGGCUCCGAAGCAGCUGGACUGUCUGAACCCUGCCAACCAUCAGAGACUCUGCGUCCUCUUCAGCAGCUCAUCGGCCCAAUCCAAUAAUGCCCCCAACCCCUGCGUCAGCCCCUGGAUCGUCACAAUGGAGUUUUAUGGGAAGAAUGAUCUUUCUCUUGGUGUCUUUUUAGAGCGGUAUUGUUUUAGGCCUUCCUACCAGUGCCCGAGCAUGUACUGUGAAACUCCCAUGGUGCAUCAUGUUCGUCGAUUUGUGCAUGGGAGCGGUUGUGUGCAGAUUGUGCUAAAGGAGCUGGACUCUCCUGUACCUGGAUACCAACACACCAUACUGAACUACUCCUGGUGUCGUAUUUGCAAACAAGUCACUCCUGUGGUGCCUCUGUCCAAUGACUCAUGGUCUAUGUCGUUUACUAAAUACUUGGAGCUGCGUUUCUAUGGGCACCAGUACACAAGGAGGGCCAAUGCAGAGCCCUGUGGACACUCUAUUCAUAAAGAUUAUCACCAGUACUUCUCAUACAAUCAGAUGGUGGCUUCAUUCAGUUACACCUCUGUACGAUUAUUGGAAAUUUGCCUUCCUCGUCCUAAGAUUUUCAUCCGGAACCAAGGGCCUUCCAAAACCAGCCUCCAGCAGGACCUUAAGGACUUCUCUCUAAAGAUCAGUCAGGUUUACUUGGCCAUCGACGACAGGCUCACGUCCCUCAAGACCGACACGUUCAGUAAAACACGGGAGGAGAAAAUGGAGGACCUGUUUGCGCAGAAAGACAUGGAGGAGGCGGAGCUAAGAACCUGGAUUGAAAAGCUCCAAGCUCGUAUGCAGGUGUGUGGGGCGGACACGCCUCAGCAGCUCCAGUCCAUCUUGGAGUCUCUGGUGAUGAAGAAGCAGAGUCUGUGUGAGAUGUUGCAGUCCUGGAACAGCAAGCUUCAGGAUUUGUUUCAGCAGGAGAAAGGCAGAAAACGUUUAUCUGUCCCUCCAAGUCCAGGCCGACACAGGCAGACCACAGCGGACGACAAUAAGGGUGCUGUGGACUCCUCUCCUCGAAACCCAUCCCCUGUGGUACAAAACGGGGACAAGGAGGACCGUUAUCUGACCCCGAUGCCCUCUAACUCCUCCUCCUCCUCAGUGCUGCCCUCUCCUGGAGAUCCCAGUGCCGAACCGGUCACACCCGCUGCUUCUUUCACAGAGCCGGACUCUGUUAGCAUCCCUGAAGAUGUGUUUGACGGACACCUGCUCGGCUCCGGUGACAGCCAAGUCAAAGAAAAAUCCACUAUGAAAGCCAUUUUGGCAAACUUCCUCCCCGGCAACAGCUACAACCCCAUUCCAGUUCCAUUUGAACCAGACAAACACUACCUGAUGUACGAACAUGAGCGGGUUCCCAUCGCCGUGUGUGAGAAAGAGCCCAGUUCAAUUAUAGCCUUUGCUCUGAGCUGUAAGGAAUAUAAAACUGCACUGGACGACCUAUCGAAGACGUUUAGCACAGGCGGAGACGAAUCUUUACAGUCCAACAGUAGCGCCGGAGAGAAGGCAAAGAGCAGCCCGGCAAGGCCCAAUGACUCUGCCUCAUCCCAGCAGAGUCGCAGCAGCAUCGACGCAGAUCCGCUCAAAGACGCAGAUCUGUCAGACAAACAGAAGAAACAAAGCACAAAUCCUCAUAUCGAGCUACAAUUUUCUGAUGCCAAUGCCAAGUUUUACUGCCGGAUAUAUUACGCCGAAGAAUUCCACAAGAUGCGAGACGUCAUCAUGGAGAGCUCCGAGGAGGAUUUUGUGCGUUCUCUCUCGCACUGUGUGAACUGGCAGGCCCGCGGCGGGAAAUCAGGGGCGGUGUUUUAUGCCACAGAAGAUGAGCGAUUCAUCUUGAAGCAAAUGCCCAGACUAGAAGUUCAGUCUUUUCUGGAUUUUGCUCCUCAUUACUUCACCUACAUCACCGGAGCUACGCAGCAAAAGCGACCGACAGCUCUCGCAAAGAUUCUGGGCGUUUAUCGAAUUGGUUAUAAAAACUCCCAGAACAACACGGAGAAGAAACUGGACCUAUUAGUGAUUGAAAACCUGUUUUAUGGGCGGAAGAUGGCUCAGGUGUUCGACCUCAAAGGCUCGCUGAGGAACCGUAACGUGAAGACCGACUCGGGGAAGGAGAGCUGCGAGGUCGUUUUGUUGGACGAGAACCUGCUGAAGCUGAUCCACGAUAAUCCGCUCUACAUCCGCUCCCACUGCAAGUCCAUCCUGCGAGCCGCUAUCCUCAGCGACGCCUACUUCCUGUCCAGUCACCUGAUCAUCGACUACUCCCUCCUGGUGGGACGCGACGAUGCCACAGACCAGCUGGUUGUUGGGAUCAUAGAUUAUAUUCGCACAUUUACAUGGGAUAAGAGACUGGAAAUGGUGGUGAAAUCCAUGGGAGGUCAAGGAAAGAUGCCCACAGUCGUCUCCCCGGAGCUGUAUCGAGCGAGGUUUUGCGAGGCCAUGGACAAGUACUUCCUGAUGGUACCGGACCACUGGACAGGCCUGGGGAUAAACUGCUGAGCCUCUAAGUGCAAUACGAUA